UUGAAAUCAAUGAUUUGCUGAACCAUGCGUUUCACAUUCGUGCGAUGGUGUGCGAUUCUGGUGUCGAUUGACACGGCACAGAUAUGGGUAGUUGAAGCGGCCUCCGUACUAGAUGAAACAUGCUUCCGAUGUGACGAGAUUGCACCAUGCCUCGAGCCACAGUACAUAUGCAACUCAGUGCCAGAAUGUGCCAACGGUCGAGAUGAGCAGACGACCGAAGGAGGCGGAUGCUACACCGCAACAGACGAUUCAAAGUCUAAAGACAGCCACCUCUCCCCUCUCAUCUACGCCCUAGCUGGUUUCAUCACCUUAGAAACGCUUGCUAUUCUUGCGACGGUCAUGUAUCUCCUGAAAGUUCGUUGCUGUCAGUUCGAGUGUAAACGGGAGUCCAGGGAAAAACCUGAGUGCAUUCGGUCGACUCGGAGCAAUGGUCCCGUCAAACCCAGCCGCAGUCAACGUCACGCGGGCAGGGAGCCACAUUUCUACACAAAGCCCCGGGACGCUGUUCGCCCUGCACGUCCCCUGUCUGAACUGCCCAUCCUCGGCAUAAAUGGCCGACCAGUCUUUGAGUCCAUUGGGCCCCCAACUGUCCAGACAGCUCUUCGGGGUCACCGUUGCGACAGUAUGAACAAGUUACGGCCGGAUAGUGACCGACCGAUUAUCGACAGCCCAUCCCGACUGCCCUUUCAAAGUUCUGGGCCGAUGGACAUCCCGCCCAUAAAGACAGUCACGGGGAGGUCGACGGAUGAACAUAACUUGAAGAAAGGUCAACUUUGCCGCGAAAUCGACGGGAAGAUGCCGCCCCAGACUAUCUCUGCUAUCUCGGGUUAUUGCAACAGAAGUUCAUCGGGGUCGGAACACCGACCCGUUGUGCAUCAUCACCACACCACGGUGAACCAUCUAACUUUGAUAGUUCCCGGGCAAACCGAAGCGCCGGGACGUUUGCUGGGGGCAGCCGCGGCACGCACGGCCACGAUAACUGAAAUAACAGACGACCAACCCUGGACGUCUGACGGACGCACCGCGUCGGGAUCAGGCAGACAGUUAGUGCCAAUGCACCGCUCACGCAAGGGAAACAGCAUGUACGACGUUGGGAAUUUGUAUUAGAAAAAGAUGCAGCAAGAAAGAAACUUCCGAAAGUAAGGUACUGGGUAUUAAAAAUAAAAUGCAUGGUGUCUGAAAUAACAGAUCAUGGAGUGCGUAGAGGACAAAAUUAAACUCAUAAAGUCAGACCA